AUGUUCUCUCCUAAUGCUGACGGCGAUAAUGAGGAGGAAUUGGAGUUGAAGACGACGCUGAGUGGAGGAGCCAUAGAGAAGAGGAAUGUGAGGAUUUGCGAAAGCCGAAGUUCGAGAUUGUGUGACUUAGACGGAAUAACAGAGAUGGCCAUUGUUAGGCAUUCGUAUUUUUGGUGGCAGUUUAAUGAGAUUGUAGAAAAAAAGGGGCGGUGGGAAAGAAAGAAGGGGUAG